GGUUUUAUCUUGGGUGACGUUAGAAAUUCUAUCAUCGUCAAGUUGUAAACUGUCACACGUACUAAAAGAUUUGUUUAGAAAUGGACAUACAGAUUUCUACUGACAAGUAUUAAGAUGUGUUAUGGAGGACAGGUAACCAGAACACCCUGUUACACUGUGGUAUCUGUGACCAUUUAUUUACUCCUAUCAGGUGUUCUCAGCGUUGAUAUUUGUCGUAAGGAUACCAGUACAGAAGAACUGACCUCAGCAUUACACCAAGGUGCCUUACCAGUAGGAGGUUUUCAAGCAGGGAACUUUUCAAAAGACACCAAAGCAACCAAACUUUCAACCUGUAUAUUAAGCUGCUGUAACCAGGACAAUUGUGACGCUGUCUUCUUCUUUCAUAAUCCUAAAAUAGAUUCAGUUACAUGUUAUCUGAUACAAUGUAAUAAGACAUACCCAGGAUCAUGUGAUCCAGGGCCAAAAGGCAACGCUACAAAUAAAACAUACUUUGUAAAUGUUCGAGAUGUUGUUUAUUCCCAGGGAGGAAGUACUCCUGCUCAGCGUGAGGGAUCUUGUAACAUACUGAGUGAGAAGUCUGGUUGUGAGGAGAAUGAAGAGUGUAGGUUAAAAGCUACAGUCUCAUCCUACGACACAGAAUGUGUCUGUAUCAAGGGAUACAAGUUUGACGAAAACAAGAAAUUAUGUGUAAAAGAGAAGAAGACCAAUAAGAUAUGUGAUCCCUCCAAGUCUGAGUGUGGAGACCAUGAGGAAUGUUAUGUACCCAGUAAUCUCAGUCCACAUCUUGGCAUCUGUGUGUGUAAUAAAGGGUACGAGAAAAAUGACAAAGGCGUCUGUUCUUCUGUCAUUCCUACAUCAUCACCUGUGCAUAACCAUCACAAGUCAAAAGUACAUCAUUGUGAAUAUGGACUUCAUCACCAAUGUGACCAUCACCAAGAGUGCUAUAUCCCUAAGCACUCACACAGUAGAACUGGUAUCUGUAGGUGUGAAAGUGGGUACCAGUUUGAUAGAGAUAAUAAAUGUGUUUCUAUAGUGACAACAAAAGAAGCCAACAUACCAAGUCAUAGAUCAACCUACUGUGAAUUUGGCUUACGUAAUCAGUGUGAUACAAAUGAGGAAUGCUUUAUUCCUGAAACUUCUCAUAGUCGUACAGGCUUCUGUGUCUGUAUUCGUGGCUAUGAACGCAAUGAGAAUUACACGUGUGUUGAUGUUUCAUUUGACUUAGACAAUACAACAGAUGCAAGUUUCAUACCUGAUCAUAAACCAACCCAGUGUGAAUAUGGAUUACAUGAUCAGUGUGAAUCAAAUGAAGAAUGUUUUAUCCCUGAAAAUUCACAUAGUAGAACAGGAAUCUGCAUCUGUAAUGAUGGCUUUGAACUUGGGAAUAAUUACACAUGUGUUAAUGUUUCGAUAGGUGAUUUAGAUAUCACAGCCUCCAAGAGGAAUAAAUCUGCAAAUUCUCCAACAACUACUACCACUACUGCACCAACCACUACUAUAAAAGUUACACCACUAACAGUAUCUGCAGGAGAAAAUAAAGUUAUCCAGCUACCUAUCAACGAAGUCACAUUAAAUGCUUACGUCAUCAGUAAAGAUGGGGAAGAGAAAAAGUUUGAUUAUGAGUGGUCUAUCACAUCAAUGCCUGAUGGAGCAGAAAUCGGUACAAUGGUUGGAAAAAACACAGACACACUCAAAUUGUCAAAGUUAAUAGAAGGGCUGUACACAUUUACACUCCAUGUUAAAGGGCCCCACCAAUCAGGAGAAGCCUAUGUUAACGUUACAGUAUUAAAAGCUGCCAGACAAAAUACACCACCUGUAGCAGUAAUCAAACCAAUGAACCAAGAGGUUAAACUCCCUAACUCAGCCAUACUUGACGGUUCAGAUAGUAAAGAUGAUGAUAAAAUAGUGAAGUAUCACUGGGAGGAGAAAAGUGGUCCAUUACAAGGUCAACAUCUACAGGAUGAUACAGCCAUGUUGACCUUGAAAGAUCUGGCUCCAGGAGUUUACAUGUUUGAACUAACAGUUACAGAUUCAGAUGGUGCCAGCAACUCUACAGUAGCAAAUGUAACAGUGAUUAAAGAGACGGAUUAUCCACCCAAAGCUAAUGCAGGAUCUGAUGUAGUUAUCCAUCUUCCACAGAACUCAGUUAUACUUAACGGAAACCUCAGUACAGAUGAUAAAGGCAUAGCAGAGUAUGAAUGGAUAAAGGCAGCUGAUGACAAACUGACAGCUGACAUGACGGGUGUGCGGUCAGAGUUUUUACAUUUAUCUAACUUACAAGAAGGUGACUAUACCUUUACAUUAAAAGUGACAGAUGCAGCAGGGCAGACAUCAUCGGCAGAAGUACAUGUGUUUGUCAAACCAGAUGUGAAUCAUCCUCCCAAAGCCGAUGCUGGUGGAACAAAGACUGUUUAUCUCCCCUUGGAUGGUAUUGUCCUAGAUGCUUCCAACAGCACAGACGACAAAGGAAUCACUCAUUAUAACUGGGAACAAAUCCGUGGAGUCGCAGGAAGUAGAUUAGACAUAAAAGACCCAAAAUCAGCUGUAACCAAGGCAACAGGGACUGUAAAAGUUGGAAAAUAUAUAUUUGUAUUGACUGUGAAAGACAUUGAAGGAACAAGUUCUGUAAUCAACCAUAUAGUAAAUGUGAAGGAACAUCCUAACUCUAAACCGGUGGCUAAUGCAGGAGAGGAUCAGAUCUUAAUGUUGCCGAUUGAUAUUGUAAAACUAGACGGGUCCAAAUCAUCUGAUGAUAAAGGAAUUGUUAAGUACAGUUGGACCAGGGACCCAACAAGUCUGGCAGCUGGGGAUCCUUUAAAUGGUUCAGAUCACAAGGCAGUAUUACAGUUAGUUAAUAUGGUGUCAGGACGUUACACGUUCAAGUUGACUGUUUUAGAUGCAGAGGGUCUGUCCUCCAGUGAUUCUGCAUCUGUUCUCAUCAGAGAUGAUCCUCAUGAAGAAGAUAUGAUAGAAUUAGAUAUAGAUACAGAUAUCAGGCAGUUCACCGAGAAAGAUAAAGAAAAUCUACAGAGUCAGUUAUUGUUAAUGUUACCCAAAAAAUCUGACAGUGAUAAAACGGAGGUAGUUCUGGAUCAUUUAGAGGAAGAGACGUCAAGUUCAUUGAUGAAGGUGUAUUUCCAUGUGGAGGAUCAUGACAGAGAUGCUGUAGAAAUCAGAAAUGGUGCAGAAACUAAAAAGUUAUUGAGUGAGAAACUGAGAUCUGCUGGCAAUCAAAUACUCAGCUAUCAAGUUAUAAAUAUAGAUACAAUUAUUUGUCAAAACAAUUGCUCAGGUCAUGGUCACUGUGGUAAAAAGAAUAGAAACUGUAUCUGUGAUGCUUUCUGGAUGGAAAAUUUCUUAAAAACUUUAAUAUUACAUGAUGAAAGCAAUUGUGAUUGGAGUAUAUUAUAUUUUAUUAUCGUUACAUUCCUUAUAGUGGUAGCCAUCACAGCAAUAGUGUGGGGUUUUAUUUGUUGGUGUAAAAAUAGAAGAUGUAGGUUUAGGUGGCGGACGAAAAAAAGACACAGGUAUUCUCUGUUAAAAGACAGUGAAUAUAAAGAUGAAAUCAAACUUCUUCCUAAAGGUAAAACACAGAACAGCAGUGUGAUGAUCUCAGAAUCUGAUUUCUCAAGCGAAGAAGAAACAUUAUUUGUCAAUCACAAGAAAAAUGGCUUUGUCAAGAAAGCACCAAAUGGCAUAUCUAAACAGCAUUUGAAAAACAAGCUUAAAGCUUGAAAUUAGGGGGUGUUGUGUUAGGGGAGAUAAUUUGUUAAUGUUUUAAUUAUCUCCCUUGAAGAUAUCUUUACUGUUUGUAACUUUUCAACAAGGGUGAUGGUAAAUCAUUCAUAUGUUUUCAAAAUGUUUCCCAUUUAGUAUUGGGUAUGAGUUUAAAAAGUUCACAGCUCUCAACUUUCUUUAUGUUAAAUAACUUUACUUGUUUAUAAAUGACACCUCAUAUUGAACUUUGUCAGGAAAUAUACAUAAACAAAUUUCAGGAAAUCCUAGACUUUGUUUUACCAAUGUUGUAAUCAUUGCUGAUUCAUACCAUGCCUUUUCACAAUUUCUAUUUCAAAUUUCCACUAUGAUUAAAUUUUUGUACAUUGAAAAUAAAACUUAAACACAAAUAUGUUUGUUAAGAUCAAAUCUAGUGACACUGUUCAUUGUUACAGAGAAAAACAUAAUGAAUAUUGAAAAUGACAUAAAAAUAAUAAUCCAAUUGUGUGUCAUUAUAUCUGUAUGAGAAAUUAACCAUUAAUACACAAUGUUGUUUUGUCAAAAAUAAAUACAUGUAUAACUAUA